AUGAUGAAAGAUUGCAUUGACUAUUCCAAGGGAUGUGAGGCUUGUCAAAGGCACGGCCCGAUCCAGCAGGCUCCCUCAGUUCCCAUGAAUCCAGUGGUGAAGCCAUGGCCUUUCAGAGGAUGGGCAAUGGACCUCAUUGGCAAGAUCUAUCCAGCCAGUAGCAAGCAGCAUUGUUUUAUCAUUGUGGCUACAGACUAUUUCACCAAGUGGGUAGAAGCCAAGCCUGUUAAAUCCACUACAUCCCAAGAGAUCAUCACCUUCAUAGAAAAGCAGAUUAUACAAAGGUUUGGCAUUUUAGAAUCAAUCACAACUGACAGAAGAUCUUCUUUCAUAUAUGGAGAAAUGCUGGAUAUGGCAGAGGCAUUCAAAUUUAAGCUACUCCAAUCCACCCCUUACUAUGCUCAAGCUAAUGGACAGGCAGAAUCAAGUAACAAGGUGAUCAUCAAUAUUAUCAUAAAAAUGCUUGAGAAGAAUCCAAAGCGGUGGCAUGAGAAGCUAUCAGAAACUCUGUGGGCAUAUAGGACUUCAAGGAGAGAGGCAACUGACAUGACCCCAUAUGCCCUAACUUAUGGUCAUGAUGCAAUUCUGCUUAUGGAGUUAGCAGUCCAGUCUCUCAGAAUUUCUCAUCAACACAAUCUGGUUGGAGAGGACUACGCUCAAGCCAUGCUGCUAGAACUGGAAGGAUUGGAUGCAAGCAGGAUUGACACCCUCAAUAAGCUCUUAGCAGGAAAACAGGUUGUAUCAAGGGCCUACAACAAAAGACUUAAAAACAAGACUGGUUAUGGAAAGUGGUCACCUACAUGGGAAGGUUCUUUCAUAAUUAAUCAGAUCCUUGGAAUGGGGGCAUACAGCUUACAGGAUCGAGAUGGAGAUGUCCAUGCUGCACCAAUUAAUGGCAAAUGGUUAAAGAAGUUUUAUCCAACUAUGUGGGAUUCACAGGCUGUGCAGACAGAUCCUGGAUUAGAAAGAUAG